AUGUCCACUGUGGAGGACUUCAGCAGAGAACUUGAAAACAAGUUAACUGCUGUUAUGAGUGUUACUCCGGCGGUGAAAGAAAAAUUAAAAAGUCGCGGGAAAAUGCUCGCGCGUGAUCGUUUGUCGCAUCUGUGCGAUCCGGACCCAGGCUCUGUGCUAGAGCUCAGCUCAUUAGCUGCUGAUGGACUCUACGACGGGCGGUUCCCUGGGGCGGGGCUGGUGACGGCGAUAGCAAAAGUAUGCGGCAUAUGGUGCGCUGUUAUUAUUAAUGAGGGCUCUACUAUGGGGGGAACAUGGACUGGUUUAUCGUGCGAAAAGGCGCUUCGUCUUCAGCAAAUCGCUAUGGAGCUCGGUCUGCCAGCACUAUACAUAGUUGAUUCUGGUGGCGCAUUUUUGCAUACUCAAGCGGAAUCCUUUCCCGAGAAAUUCGGCCGCAUUUUUAGCAACGAGGCGAAAAUUAAGAACUCGAUAAGCGCCGAAGCUCAGAUCCCUGCGAUGUGUGACGAGAUUGUCAUGUGCGAGACCAACGGCACGAUCUACCUCGCUGGCCCUCCCUUAGUGAAAGCAGCAACAGGGGAAUUACUCGAUCAAAUGCUGGUUGGCGGUUGCCAAGACGGUUUCAGAGAGUUCAUGCCCAGUGUCGGCACAGUACGCUUCCUGAAAGUGUUAAAUAAGAAGAACUCACGACUGCGCUACAAUUGCCUUGUGGUUAUUCACGCCAAAGAGGUCACCAACGAAGACGACCGCGCAAGUGCUGAGUUCUACCGCAAACUGCACUUAUUCAAGACUCCUAAAGUUGCUAUUGUCACAAACAAGGACUUUCUCGGAGUUGGAGCCAAGCAUUUUAAAGCACACAAAAUGCUUCUACCACAGUCUCCCACAGCGAGCUGCUUGGAUUUCACAUUUCGUUUUCAAUGGCCAGAUGUCGUUAACGCCUUCAAAGAUACUGCACUCAUUCGAGACGAUGGUGUUAUUGAUAGUCGCGAUACUAAGCUUGUUGUAGCGCAAUGCGCUGGUAUUUGCAACCAACGUUUCGUUUCCGCAUGUAUGUGA